CACUACCUGUUAGCUCCACAGAGCUAAUCAGAGCUAAUAUCCUCUAAGCAGCUCAAACGGAUGCUGGUGGUUCAAAGGAAACUUGUAGUUUAAGCUUCUUUUCCCCCUCCAUGAAAGAUUAUUCCACUCGGUAAGUCAAAUAAUACAUGCCUCCUAUAUUCUCGCCACCAUUCAGUGACAAAUCUGGGUAACUUAAACCUUAAAUUCCGUUAUUAUUGCGGAAACAGGUUUUCGGCUAGUCUUGUACGGCUGCACUCAGAACUUGAUUAGAAAAACAGCGACUUUACAGUGGCUCUCAAACAGCUCCAUAAUGGCGAGUUACGUGACGCUGAACUGAGAGUUUGUUACAAUACAAUGUGUAUUUUUAGCUUGUAUCAAUGCCGAACCGAAGAGGGAGAUAACAACCAGAAAACACGGCAAGUGAUACUUGAGCACCCAUCUCUGUAUAGUGAUACAACAGGAAUGUAAUACACAGCAGCGGUUUGAAUGGAGUUUGGUGCUGCUGUUCAUGUACGGGAACAAAACGAAGCAUGGCUGGGGUACCUUUGACGUCCUGGGCCAGAGCCUUCCAGGUGCUGGAGUACUGGAUGCAGUGUCCACACCAGGAGGAGAAGAACUGGACCAGCCAUGCCGAGGAUGAGUUACUGACCGUGGGUUUCAGGCUGCUGCUGCCAAGGAUCACCAGCGGGUCUUGCUCCGUGUACAGCCGGGCUGCGGUUCCAUGACACCCGGGGAGGAGACAGAGGACGACAACCGCUUUGAACCAGAAACUGGGCAUCCCUGCCGUCCAGGAGAAUGACACGCUGAGGACAGAGUGUCAGAGAUCUGGAGAGCUCCUACCGAAAACAAGCAGAUGGAUCGGGGGAGACAUGAGAGCAGCUGCUCUGCUAACAGCUACGUGUGUUUACAGCAGAGAUCCACAGGAUAAACAGAUGUCUCACUCUGCAGAUGUUUCCGUUAAAAGUAAUCAGAAAGGGUUAAUACAGUUUAUGGGUUCAACACAACACCGCAGUUCCCAAACAAAAGUACAUUUGAAAACAAAGUUUGUCAAUGAAAGUAACAGAGAUUUUAAAAGAACGAAUGAACACGUUAAAUCGUAGAACAUUUUCCUGAACUGUUUGAGUUGCUAUGGUAACAGCCCGACUGUCUCCUCGAGUACAGCUAAAAUUAUUAAACUCUCAGUGAGUUUUUUGUUCAAUAGACGAUCUCUGCGAAUCUGAGCUUGACGCGUUGACUGACGUAAAAACCGUGCUGCUUUCGCUGCCCAUAAAAAUCGGAUGCCUAAAAGUCAGCGACAAGAAGCAAAAAGGGCCUGUUCGAAGAACACUGGGGUGAUCUGAACAUAUUCAGUGUUGAAAGUCACUGUUUAAACUUAAACUGUCUUCAAAUGUAAGGCAUACAUUGAGACCAUAAAAGUGUAAAGACACUUCAUAUUUAGAUCUGUUCAAGAGGAAUACCUUUUUCCAACGUAGUCCUGAAUGCAACUCCGUUGUCUACUGCCUCCUGUGGACCGGCUGUGUAAGUAUUUAGAAAGUGCUGAUUUACCUAUCCGAGAACUUUAUCCUUUUUUUAUUUUUAUUUUUACUAUGUACGAAAACAAAACAGCCUUAAUGUAGAGGAAAUCAAAAAUUAAUCAAAAAUAUCUCGUUGGACUAUUUUUUCCCCUCUGACAGUUAAACGCUUACGGUUAGCGUUCUGUCUCCACAGCAACGGAUCAGCCCGACGCCAAAGGACACUGAAACAGGUCAUUAUCGGUAAUUUAACGACUUAUUUUCCCUUUUAAUGAGCAGUAAACUGUGUAUUUAUAUGUAACUCGGUGGUUUUACCAGUACUGAGCAUAUGUAUCUGCUGAUGUAACACAGGAGAAGGUUUGGAUAUGAAUUUUGCUUUAAAAUGCCGCCUUUUAUUUAACGUUUCAUUGGUUGAUGUUCAUUUUAACAGCAUUAAUCACAAAGAACUAAAUUACAGCUUGUUUGAAGAAACUUUAUGGCCGUUAAAUUUACACUAUGUUAAAAAACGGUUAAUUUAGAUUAUUUGGGCCCAAGAGCUUACUUAUACACUCUAAAACACGGGUCUUAUUCCACUUUUGGCCUGAAUUUUGCUGUUAAAUUAAGUACUUUACCGUUUCUUUUUACAUCAAACACAGUGUUGAUAAAUUUACAUAGUUUAUUAAUUGUAACCCUCAAUUCUACCUGUUUUAAGAGCUCUGGUUGCAACAUUGUGAUAUAAAUCUUUUGAAUUAAUCUGUUGGAUGUGCAACUGAUAUUUUUUAAGCAGCUAACGCUUAAAAUGGUCUCACAGCAUUGAGUUCCUAAGCUUUUACCAUCAGAAAAGAGCAGAUUUUGUAUUUGAAAAAUGCAUUCUUUGUUGAUACAUUUCAUAUCAUAAUGAAAUGUAUACAUUAUUUAAAUCCCAGUAGCUUCAAUAAAUACACUUACAUGCUGAAAGACACCUAUAACUUUUUAAAACAGCCCUAUCUCUCACAAACCAACAGGAGGUCAGAGGUCAGCUCAGAUAGUUGUUCUUCAGAUGGUGCAAAUUAAAGUCUAUGUGAGAAACUUGGUUUGUGUCAACUUUGGUGCCACCCAUAAAUAUUCUUUGCUUAUCCUAUCCUCUACAUGUAAAAGUAAGGCCUCCUAAAAGUCUCAUUCUGUUGACUAAAACAUACCAUUCAGAUGAUUACCUGGUGUGUAAAAAUAUAAGAAUUUUUCUACAGCAGCUCCUCUUACUCCUACCUCCUAGUGCCAGUUUCAGGUAUUAGAAAAUAUAAUACAGAAAUCGCCAGUCUUGUUGCUGAUGGCCUUGUUUGCUUUUGUAUGCCAUAAAAAGGCAUCAAUAAGAAUUUCAGUUUGUCUCAUAAAUGCCAAAAUCUCCACUGGAGCUUUUAGUAAAGGUUGUCUUCCUCUUUUGGGCCCUGUCCUGUCAGAAAACUGUCUCUCUGCUCUUCAUCAGCUGAUGUUAUGAUUGCUCACAGAAGAAGCAUGUCUUCACCAAGACUUGGUGUGGUCAGAGACUCCAUGCUGAUCAAUCCACGGCUCAUACAGGUAAAGCACAUACUCAUAUAUCAUCAUUAAAAAACCGUUUGGUUAUAGUUAUAGUUUACACUGAGCUUAACUGAAAGGCUUUAUUGUGAAAGAGCUGGUGGUCUUUUCCUCUGAAGGACAGGUAGUUGUCAUUCUUUUAAGUCAGUGUCAUAUAAACCUUGACUUAAGACCGAGAAUUGUCUAAGGAUGAAGCAUGAAGUCUUCUGCUGAAUGUAAGAUUACCUCAUGUACACUAGAUGGCAGCACAGCUUUGAAUGAGAAAACUGCAGCAGGUCUAAUUAAUUUGCUGAGGGGCCUCGGAGCAAACGAGGAUCUGCAGGGCACUAAGUGACCUCCUUCUCCACACACACUUACAAUCCAGUAUUUCCUUCCCUGUUUUCUGUGGGUGGGGGAUUUUCCUGCAGCUCAAGCUUUGCUUUCUGAACAUUGAGGAGUAAACACCACAUGAACCCUCCUGUAGCUGUACUGAUGAAAUGUUUGUAUGGUAAUCCUCUUCAGGUCAGAGCCUACAAAGACAGAUCUUUUAGAGGGUUUUCUUUCUUCCACACAGCAGCUUGUGUCACUUUACUCCUUUUAAAACCAGCUGAUGAAAAUAAAAUGCGCUGUUUAGCAAAUACAAUGAUGUUCUCUUUCCUGUGUGCAGGCGCCUCUGGGUAAGUCCAUGUCCAGAGGUCUGUCACUUCCCGGUCCGGACUUCACGUAUGGAACCACAAGCAGCUCGAUUAGAGGUGGAGGCAUGGCUGAGGGUAAGCCCCGUCCAUUCUCGAGUUAUCUGAAAUGCAUACUAAAUACACUAGAAGCAUAAAAAGUUAAUGAAGGUAUUAAUCUGAACAUGUCACAUAAAGAACUUAAAUACUGGCAAUAUAGUUGCGAAGAGAUACUACAGAAACCUGUUGACAUUCACAGAUUUGAAUGAUAACAGAGUAAAUUUGCCUAAGACAUAUUGUAAAUUCCCAUAUAUGUAAUAUAUAUAAAAGGACGUUCAACAUCAAGUUUGCGUUUGUAGUUCUGACAAACUGACACCAGAGGAGGAGGAGACAGAGAUUCAGCAAACUGACAAAUUCAGCAAAGUCCUUUCCUUUUAAUGAUGCUACUGUCUGAGAAUUACGCGCUGAAUGGUAAAUCUACCUGCGCUUGGCAAGGAGGGGGUGUUCAGUUUGGACCCGAUUAGACAUAUUAGCACUCUGUUAGCUGUUGAAAUAGGGAAGACAAAACAGGAGGAUUUUCGAGUGAGUGUGUGUGUAUGUGAGGUUCAGCAGCGGUCAUCUGUCACAGUGUGUUUGCAUGAAAUAAACAUGCCUUCGGGCAACAAAUCACUGCUGUCACUCUCUGACUCUCUCUCUCUCUCUCUCUCUCACACACACACACACACACACACACACACACACACACACACACACACACACACACACACACACACACACACAGCUGUAGUCAGUUCCAGCUUUGUGAGGACAUUUAUAGUCUCUGUUUUUCUUGUUUUGUGAAGUGUUUCUCUCUGAUGAGCUGCUCCGCUGUGAAGCGCUCAGACUCUCUGAUGGUCUGAGAUCAGGUCUUUAGUUUUUAUGAUCCUUAAAUCUGAGACAAACUGCCAAUUUGUACCCAAGUUAUUUUAAUCAGAGCUUCACUUUUGUCUGGAUUUUAACAGGGAUAGUCUUAACAGAUUUAUUCUUGUUUGUCCCUACACCGUGAUUUUAUUCAGCUGUUGACUCUUUAUUAUGAUCGUUGUUUUGUUUUUCUUCUGUCUUUUAAACUUGAUUGCAUUUCUGACUUUAACCUGCCUGGAUCCUUAAUUAUUUCUGCUAAUGGUCUACAUUGUUACUUUGUGUUUCUUUAACAAACUUUCGGUCAGUUCUUGAUGUACAGUAUUUGUGACUCGUUCGACUCUCAUGUAAGCGCUAAAUGUUGCACCAAAUUAACACCAAUGGUUUUGGGUGUUAAAAAUAACUGCAGAGGCAUAAUGGCUUUUAAUGGUUUUGAUCUAGUUCAUUAUUUUAGGUCAUAAAGAGACAAAAAUAUUAAUUUCAGUGUUUUGAACAACCCGUUAAAAACUCCCUACAGGAGCUUCAAGAGGAAACAAUAAACUGUAAAAACAUUUAGGACAGUUAAACGAAUUUUAACAUAUUAACUGUAUUGAACCUUUCCAUAUCAACUUAUCUUAAACAAACUUUAAUCCAGGAAUAAUACUUUUAGAGAAAAAGAAGAACUUUAUUUAGCCCCGAAGGAAAAUUCAAUUUUCUGUUGUCUCACAUCAUAUGUCUCUAAAAGUUAUCUAAUAUUUACAUAAGAGUUAUAAAGCCUGAUGGCUGUUGCUACAAAAGAUCCUCUGAAUCUUUCUGUCCUGCAGCGAAGAGAGAGGAGCCGUCCACCACCAUUGGCCCUUUGGUCCAUCAAGGUGUUGUAAAGUGGGUGACCCAUGUUCUUUAGAAUAGACUCCACCUUCCUCAGUGUAGAUCUCUCCACCACAUCAUCCACUGAGUCCAGCUUGAGUCCAACCACAGAGCCAGCCUUUUUCCACCAGUUUAUUCAGACGUCUUGCAUCUUUGUGUUUGAUGUUUCCUCCCCAGCAGACUGCAGCGUAGAACAGAACACUUGCCACCACAUCUGCAGCAUCUUACUACAGAUGUCUAUUGAUCGGAGUCUUCUCAGGCAAAAGAGGCGGCUCUGCCCCUUUCUGUAGAUGAAGUCAGUUUCAGCUUCUUGUUCAUUUCUGAUACAUGCCACAAUAGCGGUGUCAUUUGAGUAUAUCUGGAUGUGGCAGGACUCAGUGCUGUAUUUGAAGUCUGACGUAUACAUUGUGAACAGGAAUGGCGCCAGCACUGUCCCUUGUGGAGCCCCUGUACAGCUCAUUAAUGUCCCAGGACCACAGCUUGUCUGUGUUCUUUGUAUGCAAACUGCAGGGAAUCCAGUUUGUCUUUGACCUCAAGACUCAGAGGGCAUAGAAUCAGCCGCUCCAGGGUUUUCAUGACGUGUGAAGUGAGGGCCACUGGUCUGUAGUCAUUGAGUUCAGCAGGACAUUUUAUUUUUGGUACUGGCACAAUGCAGGAUGUUUUCCACAGAGUAGGUACUCGCCCCAGCGGUAGACUUAGGUUGAAGAUCCUGUGGAGAGGUUGACACAGUUCUGCAGCACAGUCUCUAAGCAGCCUUGUAAAUACACCAUCUGGACCACCUGCCUUUCCAGGGCAAAGUCUUCCAAGCUCCAUUCUCACCCUUGUUUCGGUGACAGACAAGGAUUGGUGCUCUAGGAGGGAGGUAGUUGAAGUGGUUGAGACAUUUGAACAAGAUGGAGGAGGAAGGGGAGAUGUUGUAGUGGAGAUUUGUUGCGGAGAGGAAGGUGGAGUGCAGUGGAAGUGGGUGUGACAGCAAUGUCAAAUCUGUUGAAGAACAGGUUGAGUUCAUCAGCUCUUUUCACAUCACCCACCACUGGCUGUCUUUUCUUUUGACUGCUGUGUCCAGAGAUGGUACUGAUUCCUCUCCACACUUCAAGGAUGUUGCUGUGUUGUAGAUUCUUCUCUAUCUUCUUUUUGUACUCCAGCUUUGCCAUCUUCAGUCUCCUCUUCAACUCUUGUUGCACUUGUUUGAGUCAUUCUUUGUCACCAUCUUUAAAAGCUUUCUUUUUCUGGUUAAGGAUUGCUUUUAUGUAACUUGUGAUCCAGGGUUUAUUGUUGAGGAAACAACGAACAGUUUUUGUGGGUAUAACUGUGUCUCUACAGAAGUUGACAUAUUUAGUAAAGCGGUCAACCUGUCUGUCAAUGUUCAUACUAUCCACAUCUGUUUCUAGCAGCACAUUCCAGUCUGUUGAUUUAAAACAGUCCCUUAGAGCUUCACUGGCUUGAGGUGUCCAUCUUCUAAUUUUGACUUUGGUCACAGUCUGCCUCAGCACACAAGGUCUGUAGACCAAGUUUAAUCUGACUUGCCCAAUGGUGGUAAGUCAGUGGCUCUGUAGACUUCUUUGAAGUUGGCAUACAUCAGAUCCAGGGUUUUGUUUUCUCUGGUAGGACAGUUAACAAACUGUGUGAAUCCAGUUAAGUGAGAGGAGAGGGUGAUAUGGUUGAAGUCUCCCGAUAUUAUUAUUAGUGCCUCAGGGUGUUGAGUCUGUAGCCUGGCUACACGAUUAUGCAAAACAUCGCAUGGAAUUUCUGCAGUUGAUUUGGGUGUGAUGUAAACAACUAUUGUUAUGAUAUGACUGAAUUCUCUUGGAACACAGUAUUGCCGAAGAGCAACAGCCAACAGUUCAAUAUCUGGACAACACGACUUCUCCUUGACAGUUAUGUGUGAAGGGUUACACCAUCUCUGGUUGACAAAUAAAGCCAGACCUCCUCCUUUCUUCUUGCCACAAGCUUGAGCAUCUCUGUCUGACCUUAUGAGAGUGAAGCCAGUUAGAUCCACACUGGAGUCCGAGUUGUUUUGAUUCAACCAGUUUUCAGUAAAACACAGGAGACUGCACUCACAGUAUGCUUUCUCAGUCUUCACCAAUAUCUCCAUCUCAUUGCUUUUGUUGGGCAGAGAGUUGAUGUUUCCCAUGACGAUUGAUGGAAGAAAGGGUUUAUAUCGCCACCGCCUAGCAUUCAGCUUUGCCUUCACCUUUGCACCAGCACGGCAACCAUGAUAAUACCUCCUGAUGUCCUCUGAAAUUGUAUGUUGUUGUCCAGAUUUGCUUUUCCCAAUGAAAGGAUCUCUUCUCUUGAGUAAACUCUUUGCCCAGCAGAAGUAUCCAUCAGCAGCCAACAAAAUGACAACAAAAAUGUGAAAAAAAUCUAGCAAAAAUUACAGAUAAUACAGAGAGACCAGACUUGCAGCAACCUCUCAUUUGAAUGAAAGGGUCAGGUGAACCUACAGUCUCUUAAGUUGGUGCAGUAAUGCCUGCUGGGAGUUGCAGUCUUUGUACUUUGUACCUUUGUUUUGUCAGUUCUAUCCAGCUGGAAGGUCCAGCCCAGCCGAGAAGACUCUGCUCCCCAUCGGACCCUUGUCCCUCACUUUGUGUCUCUGAAUCGCGAUGCAGUAAAAUCUGGUGUGGUAACAUCCAAAGAGCUGAGUCAGUACAGGGCUCAGAGGGCUGAGGCCAUGAGCCAAAGCCACGCCCCCAGGAAGAAAGACACCCUGGCUUCACGGCGCCUGGUUGUGCCUGACAUCACAUUUGGAGUCCCAAACAGGUCAGAGAGUUAUCCACAGGGCUGAUCAUUGAUUUCUGAUUGAGUAAUGAUAACAGGAUCUAUCCCUCAGGCCAUCGACUCCUCUGGAGGACCUCCUGUCUCAUCAGUACGGCCGCCGCUGGCUGGAUCAGCAGCUGAGCAGGAGUCAAAACUGCAUCCAGCAGCAGCAGAAGCUACAAAGGGUGAGGGACAGAUAUAGCGUGUGUUUGAUUAAGUGAUACUUUGGGGACUCAAUAGUGGGGCGAAGGUUGACGCAGGUCCUAAAGACCACCAUAAGGUCUGUUAAUAAGUGAAUAUUAGGAUUUGAUGUCUUUAUAUGAAAUGAUUGUAACUGCACAUUUGGACUUGGCCUUUGUUUUAAGGGUUGUGGGGUUAAGUCACAGUGGGGGUCAAGGUCAGGGCAGUGUGUGGGAGAAAUCCAAGUCCAUGCAUGACCCAUAAACAUAUCUGUGUGUGCAGAUAAAAUCCAAAGACAACCGGACCAGCCUACUGAGGAGGAGCAAACCUUUACCAGUCACACAGACUCCGUUCAAACUACCUCGCUUUGCACAGGUAAUGAUGCAGACUGUGUGAGGUGCUGAAAUCUCACAAAAUCUGAUGAUUAAUUGGUUCAGAUUAAUGUGAAAGUUGCAGCCCCUGUUAAAAUUAAUGGUGGCCAUAAAAAUAAAAACAGAAGGUCUUGUGCUCUGCCCCCUACUGGUGAUAACACAGAAUAGCCCCCACAGCUUAUACUGAUGCAGACUUACUUUAUGGACCAAAAACAGUCCAUCAGAGAGUCUCAAAUUUUACCCACUGAAACUUCCUUUUCAGCUUUAUCCUUAUCCCUCUCUCCUUUACGCUAGUGUCAUUUUGCUCCCCUCUCCUCCCCCUCAGGUUGGUCCUGCUCUCGACACCUUCAGGGACCAGGAAGCUCGUCAACGGGCAUUCAAGACCCAUCAGUCAGACUCUGUGUCCAGGAGAGGAGUUCAGGGUCUGGGAACAUACAGUUUGGACUGAUCUGAGAUGGGAACAGAUAGGACUUGUCUCAGAAUAAGUCAACAUUAAUAUGAAUAAAAACUGAGAAGUAUAUCUUCACUCUUUGUAGUCUCUCCAUACACAUGUGAUUCAAAGAUUUUCCACCAAAACCCUUUUAGAAAUUAGCCUGAAACCCAAACUGAUGAAACUGUGGUCACAAAGACAUCACUGGGGAUAGGUGGAGUCCCCCAGGGCUCUACUCUAAGAUCUUUAUGUUUUUAGGAUCUGUAGAUAGCCUUUGUGACCACUUAAUUCAUGCACUGUGGGUGCAAUAAUGUGAACAAUGCCUGUGUUGAUUGUUAUCUUACAUUGCAUUCCUUUAAUUGGUUCAAUCACUUCUUUUUGUACAUGGGUGUGUUUACCUGAUCAGGUGUGUGGCAGGAUUCAUAUUCCC